AUGUCUUCUGUAUCAAAGCAAAAGCGCAUGGCAAAGAAAGCAGCAAAAAAUGCCGCUGGAUCCACAACACCCACCAAAUCGGCUGCUGCUCCAGCUGUCAAUGGUAAUACUAAAAAGGGCAAGGCUAGUAAUGGAAACGUGACGCCGUUAUCAAACUCCUCAGCAACGUCAUCUGUGGAAAAUUUGAGUACAACGUUAGAUGCCUUAAAGUUGUCGAGUGAACGCACGGCAACUGGUGUGCUUGGUACGCAGCUCAGAUCGCGUGAUAUUAAGAUUGAGCAGUAUAAUUUGUCGUUCUUUGGUCGUGUAUUGAUUGAAAACGCAUCGAUCGAUUUUAAUUUUGGUAGAAGGUAUGGUCUUGUUGGUGCUAAUGGAUCAGGGAAGAGUACAUUUUUGCAGUCAUUGGCAGCAAGAGAAGUUCCGAUUCCCGAGCAUAUUGAUAUCUAUCUGUUAAAUCAAGAAGCGGAACCCACUGAUCUAAAUGCCACAGAAUAUGUAAUUCAGGCUGCGAGAAAUGAAGUCAUCCGUCUUGAAAGAGAGGUAGAAGAUUUGCUUGCGGAUGAAGAUGGCGCUGAUGAUACACGCCUGGAAGAUUUGUAUGAUCGUAUUUCAGGUUUAGACGAGUCAACUUUUGAAUCACGUGCAAGUACAUUGCUUUAUGGUUUAGGGUUUUCAAAAGAGAUGAUGCGUAAAAAGACAAAAGAUAUGUCUGGUGGAUGGAGAAUGAGGGUUGCGUUAGCGAAGGCUUUAUUCAUCAGACCUACUUUACUGUUGUUGGAUGAACCAACGAAUCAUUUGGAUUUGGAAGCUUGUGUGUGGCUUGAAGAAUAUCUGAAAAACUACAAUCGUAUUCUUGUUCUAGUUUCACACUCGCAAGAUUUCCUGAAUGGAGUGUGCACAAACAUUAUAAACCUUAAUCACCAUAAAAAAUUGAUUUAUUAUGGUGGUAAUUAUGAUGUGUAUGUUCGUACCCGUGCUGAACAGGAGGAAAUUGCUCACAUUAAAAAAUUUAUCGCGUCGGCUGGUACCUAUGCCAAUUUGGUUAGACAAGCCAAAAGUAAACAAAAAAUUAUCGAUAAGAUGGAAGCAGCCGGUCUGGUCGAAAAGGUUGAUCCACCCGCUCUUUUCAAAUUCAAAUUUAACAACGUCGAGAAAUUGCCACCUCCCGUUUUGCAAUUUGACCAAGUAUCAUUUUCCUAUGAUAAAAAAUCUAAAACUCUUUUGUAUGAAGAGUUGGAUCUUGCAAUUGACAUGGAUUCUCGUGUAGCUCUUGUUGGGCCUAAUGGUGUGGGGAAAAGUACCUUGCUCAAAUUGAUGAUGGGAGAAUUACAACCGAACUCGGGAAGAAUAGCUAGACAUACUAAUCUGAAAUUGGCGAAAUAUAAUCAGCACAGUGCUGAUCAACUUGAAAUGGAUUUAAGUCCAAUUCAGUACAUGAGAAAGAAAUUUGCUCAUCUUAAUGGCGAUGUAGACUUUUGGAGAAGUCAAAUUGGUCGAUAUGGGCUUACUGGAGCUCAUCAAACCUCAGCAAUUGGUACACUCAGUGACGGCCUAAAAACUCGGUUGGUAUUCGCUGAGAUUGUACUAAUGACACCCGACAUUAUUCUAAUGGACGAACCGACAAAUCACUUGGAUAUGGAAAGUAUUGAUUCUCUAGCCCAAGCUAUCAAAGAAUUUACUGGUGGUGUUGUACUAGUAUCCCACGACUUUCGAUUAAUAUCGCAAGUCGCUGAGCAGAUCUGGUUAUGUAAAGAUAUGACGGUCACACCUUGGGAUAGUACUAUCGAAGAUUACAAGAAACAUCUAGCAAAAAGUUGUUUCAAGUUUUUACCGAAAAUUUACGGCUUGGGACCUAGAAGAUAUUCCACUACUGCAACCAAAAACUCUAUUGUUGGCUUGGAACAUGUAUUGAUUCUUUCUUCGAAUCCCAACAAAGUGAUACCAGAAUCAGAAUUAUCAUCAAAACCUGUAUUGGCAAGAACACGAUUCGAAUGCUUUAUAUCGAAAAUCAAAGAUCCAUGGACAAAUUUGGCAUUUGAAGAGUGGUUAUUCCGUGAUUAUAUGCAAAUUUCGUCAUAUGAAAAGAAUAACAAAGAAAAGAGUAAAGAGAGAGAUGUGACUUUUUUGUAUUUAUGGCAAAAUACAAAAUGUGUGGUGAUUGGUCGGAAUCAGAAUCCAUGGAAAGAAUGUAAUAUGCGAUUACUACGUGCUGAUGGCAUACCGCUUGUAAGGCGAAAAAGUGGUGGCGGAGCAGUUUAUCAUGACCAUGGCAAUACAAACUACACAGUAGUAAUGCCACGUGCACGAUUUACACGUCGUGAGCACGCUGAAAUUGUGGCCAAGGCAAUACCGUUUAAAUUAAUUAAUGACCGAGCUUAUCAUCAUGGAACCAUGUUAAUUGAAUCGGAUUUGAAUGAUAUUGGACGAUAUUUACGUGCCGAAAAUAAGCAAAAUUUAAUAUCCAAAGGCGUAGAAUCCGUUCGAUCCCCAGUCACAAAUUUGAAAAAAUACACAUCCGCGUCUGGUCCUUUUGUUAUUAAUCAUGAUGCAUUCUGUCAAGUGGUUCAUGAUGAAUUUCUAAAGUAUUAUUUUUAUGCUGCUGAUGAGGAGAUUACUGUUAUCAAGAAAAAUCUAGAUCUAAUGAUAAUAGAUGAUCAAUACAUAUCAAAUAUUCCUAAAAUACUCGAGUAUCGCGAUGAGUUAAAGAGCUGGAAAUGGACAUAUGGUCAAACACCAGAAUUCACGCAUGAGCUGGAACGCGAAUUUCCCUGGGGACACGUGAAAGUUUUUAUUAAAUCAAGAAAUGGUCUAAUUACUGCUGCCGGAUUAACUACAUCAAACUACGAAUAUGACUUUGUCAUGAAUGCAUUUGAGGAUGCAUUGGACGGAAGUAAAUACGCCGAUCAUGAUGCAAUUGAUAAAGUUUCACUUUCUGCACACGAAUUACUCUUGAAUUAUACUGUGAUGUGGGAAGAGGACCGGCGAGUAAAUGCUAUUCGAGAUUUAGCCGAGUGGCUAAAGGAUGUAUUAUGA